AUGGAAAGCCACUAUUGUCGAGCAAACACAUCAAAACUUUAUUUAGAACCUAUUUGGUUGAAUAAACAAGCAUUAAAUAAAUUUUAUUGUGAAGACUUUUGUGUAUUUAACCAAACAACUCCAAUGAGUAAACCCGUUUUCGUUAUGAGUUUAGAAAACAAAAAUAUAUUUAUUUUUUUGUUCACUUCAAAAAUAGACGCAUGUGACAUUUGUACAGCUUAUGAAACUGGUAAUCUCUCAUUAGAAAAAAAAGAAGUACAUGAUCAAAUGAAGCAGGAAGCCAGGCUUGAGAAAGAAAAUGAUAAGUUAUCAAUGGAUGAAGUAUUCACUAUGGAUUUGCAGUCAGUUUUACUUUGUCCAAAGUCAUUUGUCUCUUCGUUGAAUUAUAAAACUAAGCUUAUUGUUCACAAUUUUACAUUGUAUGAUUUGAAAAGAAAAAUUGGCUAUUGCUUUUUGUGGAAUGAGACUGAAGGAGGGUUAAGGGCUAAUGCAUUUAGCUCUAUAAUAGUUUAUUUUCUACAGAAAUAUGUAAUAGACAUUGCUCAAGAACAAAAAGUCAAAAUAAUUUUAUUGGUGACCGGUCAAAAUAUCUUCGAAAUAAUAUCUUUAGUCAAAAUAUCUUGUGGCAAAAUAUCUUACGGCAAAUAUGUCUUUAGUCAAAAUAUUUUUUAA